AUGCGACCCCGCCUCCGACUCCCCUUGCUCUCACUCGCCGCACUCGCCCACCUCGCUCCCGCACUGCCGCAACUCCGCCACGACCAAACCGUCCUCUCCCUUCCCACAGAACCCCUAUCCGCUCCCAUCGCAGACCACUCCAUACACUCACUCACCUCCCUGCCCUCUCACCGCAUCCGCCUCCGCUCACCACGCGACUUGUGCGACCCCGCCGUCGACCAAGUCUCCGGCUACCUCGACACAGCGCGAGGACACCACUUCUUCUUCUGGCAGUUCGACAGCCGGAAUGAUCCCGAGAACGACCCGCUCGUCCUGUGGUUGAAUGGAGGACCUGGGUGUAGCUCGUUCACGGGACUGUUGCAGGAGCUGGGACCGUGUCGGAUUCAGCCGGACGGGAAGGACCCAGUCUUCAACCCAUACUCCUGGACGAACAACGCCUCCGUCAUCUUCCUCGACCAGCCAGUCGGCGUCGGCUUCUCGUAUGGCGACAAAGGCGACCGCGGGAUCUACUCGACGGAGGCGGCGGCAGUUGAUGUCUACGCCUUCCUACAGAUCUUCUUCGAGACCUUCGCCGACAAGUUCGGAAACUCGGAGUUCUUCAUCGCGGGCGAGUCGUUCGGCGGACGGUACAUCCCCGUCUUUGCCGACUACAUCCUCAAGCAAAACCAGGUUGCCGAGUCGAAGGGCCUGCGGCACAUCAACCUCGUCUCGGUCAUGAUCGGCAACGGCUUCACCAACCCUCUAACGCAAUACGCCUCCUACUACCCGACCGUCUGCACGAACCAAACCGGCUACGGACCCUACGUCAGCCCGAGGGAGUGUAGGAAGAUGCAGGAGGCGUUGCCGAGGUGUCAGAGUCUCGUCAAGGCUUGCUGGGACGACCUCCGCAACUCUGCACUCUGCGUCUCCGCGUCUGUCUACUGCGAGACGCGCCUCACGAGUCCGUACUUUGCGACGGGGAGGAGCUCGUACGAUAUGACCAAGUUUGGCGAGUAUGAGGAGGAGAAGUGGAUUGCCGAGUGGUUGAAUCGGGAGGACGUAAGGCACGAAUUGGGUGUUGACUUGGACCCGCAUGGACAUGGGGUGAAGAAGUUCAAGGGCUGCUCGGGCAAGGUGUUCAACCACUUUGACGCAACAGGCGACGGCGUCAAACCCUCCCAUCCGCACGUCGCGUCCCUCCUCAACUCGCAAAUCUCCGUCCUCCUCUACGUCGGCACAAAGGACUUUAUCUGCAACUGGUACGGGAACAACGAGUGGGCUCUCCAGUUGGAGUGGGACGGGGCGGGGGAGUUUAGAGAGAAAGAGUUGAGGAGUUGGUACGCUUCUGCGGACGAGGAGAAGGGGGAGGAGGGGAAGAGGGCGGGCGUGUUCAGGCAGGCUGGGGGGUUCGCGUUUGCGACUGUCGAGGGCGCGGGUCACUUUGUCCCGUACGACAAGCCGCGCGAAGCUCUGGCGCUGUUCAACCGCUGGGUGUUUGAGCGCAAGGUCGGCUUCUCCCGGGACUCGCUGCAGUAG